ACCACAGUUAACCCUGAGGUUUAAGGGAAACCAGGCGGAAGAAGAUGAAGAACAAGCAAAGAGAGCGCGUGGAGGCGAAAGCAGCGGGAUGAUGGAGGAGCUCCAUCCGCGGCGGCAGCGCAGCGCAGGAUGAGACUUGAAGAACAAGAGGACGAGGACGAAGAGUUUGGUCGGGGCUCGAGAAUGACGCUGUAGAUGUGGAGGCGUUCUAGGGGGUGAAGCUCUCGGUCCUGAUCAAGAAUAGAUAGAUAGAUACAAGCAGUGCGUAGAACUCACGGUAACAAGGGAUAGUCUAGAGGGGACAUGGGAUAGCUAGUCCUUCUUACAGGUUCGUUUAGCCGGAUCAUCCUUUUCUCCGCAGCGAUGCGAGAGAGUGGCAUCGGGUCUCCACGAAUGUAUGCAACGCCAGGAGGAGGAGCAGCAGCAACAAGCGGGACAAUUUUCGCUCGACCAGCAGGACCGAGGCCGGAUGGCUCAUCAUCAUCGCCACAAGUUCCAGCAAUGGGAAGACAAAUCCCACAACGGGUUUCGGCGUUCAGCGGAUAUGUUUCAUCAGGAAGUUCAGGUGGCAGCUCACUCGACUCAGAGGCUUGGCAUGCUUGUGCUGGACCUCUUGUUUGUCUUCCUCUUGUAGGCGAUAGAGUUGUCUACUUUCCUCAGGGUCACAUUGAACAGGUGCUGGCCUCUACAAAUCAAAACGCUGCGGAUUUGCAAAUCCCGCAGUAUAAUCUUCCAUCCCAGAUUUUCUGUCGAGUGCUGAACUUGUCGCUGGGUGCGUAUCGGGAAACGGAUGAAGUCUACGCGCAGAUGACUCUCGUUCCUGAAAACGAGCAACUUGACCAAUCACUGGAGCUUGAUGAACCUACAGCAUCUUCAAAGGCCAAGCUGUCCAUGUUCUCCAAAAACUUGACAUCUUCUGACACAAGUACUCAUGGAGGAUUUUCUGUUCCGAGGCGUGCCGCUGAAGAAUGCUUCCCCCGACUGGAUUAUCAGCAAACCCCUCCAGCUCAGGAGAUUAUAGCAAAAGAUCUUCAUGGAGUUGAAUGGAAGUUCCGCCACAUCUACCGAGGACAACCACGAAGGCAUCUUUUGACGACAGGGUGGAGUGUUUUUGUAAGCCAGAAGAAGCUUGUUGCUGGCGAUACCGUUCUCUUUGUCAGGGGAGAUAAUGGUGAGUUGAGAAUCGGGAUUAGGCGCGCUGUGCGCACGCAGAGCAGUGUCACUUCGUCUUCGCUACUGUCUAGCCACAGCAUGCAAAUUGGAGUCCUGGCUGCUGCUGCUCAUGCUGUAUCCACUAAGACCAUGUUCACCGUGUUCUACAAUCCUCGGGCUAGUCCAGCUGAAUUUGUUGUUCCAUACCACAAGUACGUGAAAUCUUUCAAGAUGAACAUUUUGAUUGGUAUGCGCUUCAAAAUGAGAUUUGAGACUGAGGAUUCGUCGGAGAGAAGUGUCAGAUAUAUGGGAACUAUUACUGGAAUUGGCGAUAUCGAUCCAGCUCGAUGGCCUGGCUCUAAAUGGCGCUUCCUAAAGGUCGGUUGGGACGAGCACGCGGCUAGCGAAAGACAGGAGAGGGUGUCACCAUGGGAGAUAGAGCCAUUUAUUGCUCCCAAUGUGACUCCCCCAGUUUCGACGAAGAGAUUCAGGCCAACAAUGCUCACAGACAUAAGUGUCAGUCGAAAGUCAUACGACAAUCAUCUUCGUCAGAUCCUACAGGCCAACCGUAAUUUGCAGACAUCUCACAAGUACGAGGCUGACGAGAGGGAAAACUUUCUCCUGAAGUCUCCUACAGCCCUCUAUUCUGAGGCUAAGGUAACUUCAAGAGUUACUGAGGGUCAUAGUGUUCCUGGUUUUCCUUCUGGAUUGCCAAGCCCCGGAAACGAGGGGCUACCAUCUCAUCGUAAAGUCGAUAUGCACCAGCAGCAGCUUAGGCUUUGUGUUCAGCAGUUUCGAGAGCAGAAGGUUCCUCUACAAUUCGAGAAACCGCAGCAGCCUUCUCCAACCAGCAGCUUCGCUUCUCGGCAAGCAGCAUUAAGUUGCCCACUCUACUUGCAGCCUCAACAUACAACAGACAACUCUUUUCUUAAGCUUCUCAUGUCGCCUACGCUGGCCUCGCUGCAACAGGCUCCCAGAGUUGAGGAGCCCCUUGCAAGAGGUAAUGCAAACGAUUCUGACCGCGAGUGCAAACUAUUUGGUUUCUCGUUGAAACCAAAGACAGCAUUGGCCAGCACCGUCAAAGACGACGUCCACAAGGAUCUCGAGUCAGAAGCUUCCGGCUUCAGGAAGUGUUUUACUGGCCAGAACUGGAACCAGCAGCAGCAACAACAGCAACCAAGCAGGACGUGCACCAAAGUUCACAAACACGGUGCAGUGGGACGAGCUUUGGACUUGUCCAAGUUCCGGGGAUACACGCAACUCCUGGAGGAGCUGCAGCAUCUGUUCGGCAUUGACGAGAGCCUGAACGGGUCCGAGUGGCAAGCCGUGUACGUAGAUAACGAAGGCGACAUGCUGCUCGUCGGAGACGACCCCUGGGAGGAGUUUUGCUCGACGGUGCGAUGCAUACGGAUCCUAUCGCCGGCUGAGAUCCAGAAGCUUACCGUGCAGGCACGCAACAGCAGCACGGAAGAGCCAUCCAGCAGGCUGUCCGAUCAGCAGGAUUCCUCAUCCCCUCCCGCUACUAGCGACGAGUAAUUAAGUAGCUCCUAAGAUGCUUCGUUUUGCACUAAUUGAGAACUUCCCCUUUUUGCCCUGUC